UUCACAUUUAUUACCAUACCUUUCCCUCUCCUGCUUUCCUACUUCUGCUCUCUUCCUCUUCCCUUUAUAUCAGCCAUCAACAUCUAUUUCGAUCUUCUGAGACACUAAACGUAAAACAGUGAUGCUAAUGGAACAAGACUCAUCUCAAUUCAUUGAGCUCAAUCUCAUCGCUUCCAUGGCAGCCGUUUCAACGCUUGCGCAGUCGACGCCGCCACCAGAGACGGCAGCGGAAGGGGUGGAGACUGCAGAGCAACGCGUCUUCUCCUGCAACUACUGCCGCAGGAAGUUCUACAGCUCGCAAGCUCUCGGAGGCCACCAAAACGCUCAUAAACGGGAGCGGCAGCUGGCGAAACGCGGCCGCGGGGGACCCGUGGAUGACAACCGCCACUUCGCCGGACUUCCGCUCCGGCCGCUGGGAAUCCAAACGCACUCCAUGGUUCAUAAGGCGUACUUCGGUUCACCGUCGGCGCCGGCGAUGGUUGCCGGAAUGAUGGCGGGGCGGCAGGGGUGGUUUAGGACGCCGGUGGGGACCGGGGUAGGGAGGUUGCUGGCCGAGGAGUAUUCGGGUGGGAUGUUGAUGCCGUUUAGAGGAGCGGGGGUGAGAUUCGAUGAGGUGCCGCCGCCGCCGUCGGCAGCGGCAGAGGAAGUGGGUGGUGUUGGUGGGUUUCAGUAUAAGUGGAUGGGUUCCGGCGUUCUAUUGAAUCAGGGAAAGGAGGAGACACAUAAGCUCGAUUUGUCUCUCAAGCUUUAAUAGAAAGAUAUUCAAAAUUUGUUCUUUUGAUAGAUGAUUUCCUCAUGAUCUUCUCUUCUUCAUAAAUUGAUAGUGUAUGUAGCUCCUUUAUAAUUUUUCUUUGAUUUUGUUAGAUUAUUGAUGUUUUUUUUUUUUUGCUUCUUUGUUUCAUAGAAUUACUUUGAUUAAUGAUC